GGAAAUUUCAGUUCAGAUGCAGACCAUAUGUCGCCGAGGCCCGUCGCUCCGUCCCCUUGUGAGAUGCCAUGGGUAAGCCGCCACGCGACCUUGGGGCGAGCGGUUCCGGCGUGGAGGGUUCCGCCGCUCCGGAACAACGCCGCAUCCCUGUUCCGGCGCCAUGGUGUCAUGUCUCCAUCUCUGUAAGCGGUAAGCCCCGAUACGUGGCGGCCAUGCCUUUAGUUUCAGUGAUGGUCUAGUGGACACAAUGGCCUACUGCUCGCCGCCAUCCGCCCGGCCUGGCGGUGGCGGCCUCCACAUCGGCGCCGUACAGAGCAAAUAAGAUGAGGGCAGGCUUCAGUUGUCUUCUUCAGUUCUUCUAUCACUGUAUAAGAAGAAGAAAAAACAUCUGGAGUAAGUCAUACGGAUUUGGUUCUUCGCAGGCACGGAGCUACACCUAGUUGUUCUUUUUUUGAGCGUGUCUGAGUUCUUUUUGGCUAUUCCUGCACUUAAUUGGAAAGAGGAUUCUUGGUCCGACAACUUGCUGGCUUAUAUGGUGCUUUGAUCCCGUUGCAGGUGGCUCGGUGUUAAGGUAAGACACUCCCUGUACUAGUUCAGGGUUGCCUCUACAGUGCUUCUGCUCACCAUUUCCAUAAGUAUAUAUUAUCCUCAAAUCCCUAGUAGUACCAACCGUUUGCAAGAAUUCAGUGGUGUUCAUUUGUUGUGAAGCUAAAGAUUGUGGAAUGUCGAUUGUGAUGGAUGGAGCUUAGAUCAGGAACGGCAUGCCCUGGUUUUUACAGUGCUAGCUGUGGAUGGUCAUCAUCUCUGAAGAGUGUGGUAGUCGACUGCUUGGAUCAUAAAGACAGAGAGCAGAGGGCUGGAGUUUGAUAAGUUACCUCCUGCCUAGGCUCAGUGGUGUGCCCCCAUACUGAGCUUUUGCUCAUCAUCAUUGUUUCCGCAACAUGAAUGCUGUGCAGAGUAUACAAUCUCUGGCCGCUGGGGGUGCUCAGCGUAAUCUUUUCCGAACCCUUGGACCAACACUUCUGAUCUCGAUGGCAUAUAUUGACCUUGGAAAGUGGUUGGUCGCGGUGGAUGCUGGAUCUCGUUUUGGGUACGAUCUUGUGCUACUGGUGCUGCUGUUCAAUCUCUCAGCCAUUUUAUGUCAAUAUCUGUCAACUUGUAUCGGCAUGGUCACCGGGAAAAAUCUUGCACAGAUUUGCCACCAGGAGUACAGUCAGGUGAUAUGUGUUGUUCUUGGUCUUCAGGCAUGGCUAUCCUUGUUAACCUCUGAGCUAACCAUGAUUGCAGGCGUGGGAGUGGGGUUCAACCUUGUGUUUGAACGUGAUGAUCUUAUCACAGGAAUAUGUUUUGCAAGUGUUGUAGUUAAUCUGCUACCAUACACACUCUCCCGUCUGGAUAAGAGGGUGGCUGGCAUGUUUAAUGCCUGCAUAGCUGGCUUUACACUUCUGUGUUUUGUCCUUGGUUUAUUAUUGAGUCAUCCCCAAACCCCUGUCAAUAUGAAUGUGAUGUUUCCCAAGCUCAGUGGUGAAAGUGCUUAUUCACUGAUGGCACUUCUUGGCGCAAAUAUAAUAGCUCACAACUUCUAUACUCAUUCAUCAUUUGUUCAGGUUCAGAGAUCUUCGGUUGUUACCCUUGGUUCCCUGUUUCACGACCACCUUUUCACUAUAUUAUUUAUAUUCACGGGGAUUUUUCUUGUGAAUUAUAUUCUCCUGAGUUCAGCAGCAGAUGAAUCCAGUGCCACAAUGGUCAUGAACUUUCAAGAUGCUAUGGAGCUAAUGCACCAGAUAUUUACAAAUCCUGCGGCACCAAUUGUGUUAUUAGUGAUCCUUCUCUUUUCUAGCCAUAUCAUCUCAUUGACAUGCCUUGUUAGUAGUGAUGUUAUUUCAGAGAACUUCUUUGGUAUAAAACUGCCUCUGUCAGCACAUCGUCUGCUACCUAAGGGUUUUGCUAUGAUUCUUAGUAUCUACUGUGCGAAGGUUGCUGGUCCUGGAGGGAUAUAUCAGUCACUUAUUAUGUGCCCAGUUAUCCAGGCUAUGGUUCUUCCGUCAUCAUUUAUACCCAUUCUGCGUGUUUCCUCAUCAAGAUUAUGGAUGGGAAGAUACAGAGUAUCUCUAUAUGUUGAAAUAUUGGCCUUCCUUGCGUUCCUUCUUGCGCUGUUUACAAAUAUCAUUUUUGCAGCGGAAAUUCUGUUUGGUGAUAGCACUUGGACAAACAACCUGAAAGGAGACACUGGAAGCCCCGUCGUACUUCCAUAUUCUGUCGUAGUCCUAAUUUCGUGUGCAUCGAUUGCAUUUACACUGUUCCUUUCUGUUAUUCCGCUAAAAUCAGCGAGCAAUGAAGCUUAGACUCGGUUGCUGUCAGUGCACUCACAGAGGGAAACAUAGGAAACUACUUAUAGAAAAACUGAAAUAUAUGGAAAAGUUUGUACGUGAAGAAGUUCAGAGCUCUUGUGUCGGCGCUGUUCCCAUGGAUUCACUGAAAGGAAAGUUGUGCACAGGGAGAGCUUAAGAGGUCUUCCAUUGGCACCGUCCCAAGGGGUUCAUUGGAGGGUCAUCAGAAAUCAUUGGAGGGUUCAUUGGAGCUUUCGACUACUGAAUCUGAUUGGGUCUCUGGGCAAUUGAAUGCUGCUGAUACAAUGAUUAAUCCUGAAGCUCACCCUCACCGUACAGAACCCACGAGGAGUGAAAACUCAGUUGCUGUUGAUUGGACAGAGCUUCUUGGAGAGGUUUUUACUGCCAUCAUAGUAGAACACAGAACUGCAGAAAAUGCCGGAAUGAAGGGCUCAAAUGAAAAGGCAUCGUCGAGGAGAUUAACAGUGCUACCAUCUUUUCGCGCUUUGCUAGCACUGUUCUAGGCUGCCUGCUGUUUCUCAGGUCCUGGGCGCCUGGGCCUGAGAGCCUUUUCACCGUUGGCCACUUCCUUUUUUUUUUAAUUUUGCAUGGGGAUGUUCUUGCAGUGGCUAAAGGUGUCCCUGCAUCUGCUACACGAAUGAGAGGCCUAGAGGUUGUACAUGAGAUGCAAUAAUUUGCUGAACCAGCAUUGUAAACUCCUGAGCAGAGCUUAU